CUACGACGCGAACGGUUAACCUCGCUCCUUUCGGAGGGGCGAUUCGGAGCAAUUCGGAAAUCGGAGACAGGUAGCGAGCGACGUGAGCGCGACAAACCAAUCGCUGCUCGCACCACGACACACCCUUUCAAUGCCCGUCUCGUUUAUUUUUGAGACGAUCCUAGCGAGGUAGUGGCUAAUAAAAAAAAAUACAUUUUACGUUUAUCUCAUUGUCGACAUCGGCCAAUAAGAUUUUGAUGCUCGUCGGCCUAUAACCAAUUUAAAUAGCGGCAGUAUGGAACUGUUCAGAUACUUGAAAAUUAGUUUUAUCCUCUCUUCACUCGCGCUCGGAGUUGCAGUUUUUCAAAGAAAGGAUUGAAGACGAUUAGCAACGUUGUAAAUACAUAAAUUGUAUACUCCUACUUCUAUAUUACACGUAUACAUUUCAGACAGAACAGCAAAUGGACUGUGCGCUAGAUCUGAUGCGGAGAUUACCUCCGCAGCAAAUCGAAAAAAAUCUCAGCGACCUGAUCGACUUGGUUCCUUCGCUAUGUGAGGAUCUAUUGUCCUCUGUAGAUCAACCGUUAAAGAUUGCUAAGGAUAAGGAAUCUGGCAAAGAUUAUCUGUUGUGCGAUUACAAUAGAGACGGAGAUUCAUACAGGUCUCCUUGGAGUAACACUUACGAUCCACCGUUAGAGGAUGGCUCAAUGCCUUCUGAGCGAUUGAGGAAGCUGGAAAUAGAUGCCAACCAUGCCUUUGAUCAAUAUCGAGAGCUCUAUUUCGAAGGUGGAGUCUCAUCGGUGUACUUGUGGGACUUGGAUCAUGGCUUUGCAGCGGUAAUUCUCAUCAAGAAGGCUGGUGACGGUUCCAAGAAGAUCAAAGGAUGUUGGGACUCGAUACAUGUGGUAGAGGUGCAGGAAAAAUCAACUGGUCGUACCGCUCACUAUAAACUCACAUCAACGGCUAUGCUGUGGCUACAGACCAACAAGCAUGGCUCUGGUACAAUGAACUUGGGUGGCAGUCUGACACGUCAGGUGGAACAAGACGCUCAGAUCAGCGAAACGUCUCCUCAUAUCGCUAAUAUUGGCAGAAUGGUAGAGGACAUGGAGAACAAGAUUCGUAAUACAUUAAAUGAGAUCUAUUUCGGCAAAACAAAGGACAUUGUCAACGGAUUACGAUCGGUGCAAUCUUUAGCCGAUCAGAGACAGCAGGCUGCGCUCAGGCAAGAUCUCGCAGCGGCGUUGCAGAGGCGAAACGCUAACAAUUGAUCUUGCGAAGAGCAGGAAAGUUUCGAUUACGAUUACGAAUAGAUUUCAUGAUAUUUUUUUCGAUCCUUUUAUCUUGCUUGGGAUCUUUUGCGAUUUUUAUAGGUGUCAAUAUUUUUAGAAUCCGUGGAACUUUGGAUUCUUAAAAGUUCUCAAUUUUUACGGCGUUCUUCGAGUUCUUUCCCGAUAAGAUUUAACAUCUUGUUGGACUUUUGGGAAAUUUUAAAUGCUGCAACUUGGGCCUUUUCCCAAGGUCAGACCGUAUCUAUAGAACUCGUAAAAUCCUUCAAAUCAUUGUCUAUAUUAUCGAAAAUGAUACUUAUUACUGUACUUCGUUGCCCUAAAGAAAUACGAAUCAAUCACGAACGCGUUGAUUAAACCUAAACAGUAUGAAAUACUUUGUUUAAUUUAGAAUGAAAUAGAGUUUAUUGUAAAUAUGUGGGAAAGGUGCAACGCGUUUUAGAACGGUAAAUUAGAUAAAGAACAAUGUAAAAUGCAAAAGAGAGUAAAUUAUUAUAAUAAUAUAGUUGACGCUUAUUGUGUCGAAAAGAAACUACAUUCAACAAUUUUCUCUUUUUGUUUGUAUUAAGUUUGAUAAAUAAUAAUUGUAAAACCGUAAUAUAUUCAUAACAUUUUUGUAAUGUUUGGAAAGUAUUAAUAUUUCGCUUAUACUGUUUAGGGUUAAAUUUAAAAGCGUGUAAUUUAACGCUUGAAAACAAUGUAAAACGGUUUGCGUAAAAGUUGUAAAAGGACUGUCGCAUUGUAUAAAAAAUUUGUUCUCGCAAAUGAAAACUUUUUGAAAAUUAAAACACAAAUUAAAAAUUCUUAACAUUUGUAUUAAAAUUAUUUAGAUACGAGCAAUUGGCAAAUUCAAAAAAUUUUAUGUCACAUUUGAAUAUUGAAGGAUAAAGCUGUCUAGGCUAUUUAAAAUUAAAUCUAAGACAUAGCUAAUCUGCCCUCUCAGAGGGACAGGUUAUAAAAUGUUUUAUUUAAGUGAAGGUCCAAAAGGAGCGGUUGCAUUUUGCAUUUGUUAAUAAUGAAUCCAUAUAUAAUACGCAAAUAAAAGUUUUCAAAUUAAA